GCUCCUUCAAGGGGGGAAAACUUUUUCGAGCUCUCUGUUAUAGGGAGUUUUUGUACUCUUGGUUUCUCUUAACAUGUGGUAGGUGCUGGGCGAGCUCUCCCAGCCCCCACACGGCCCCUUCUUGCCCCAGACUUCAGAACCAAGACAGAAACCAACCGAACCAUUCCUUCACAUCCAUUCCACCGCCGCCCUCAGCCGCUGCCCCGGGCAGCCCCGGCCGGUUCCUCCCCGCCGCAAGGCGGCACUCUUCGUUUCUCAAUAAACCGCGGAAGCGCGCUCCGUUGCCGUCUCUUUCCGCCCGUCUGCUUUGGGGGUGCUGGGGGGAGGGGGAGAUGGACCCGAAGGCGCUGCCGGCCGCCACGCUCCGCAGCUGGGAACGCGAGCAGGCCGGGCUGCGGGCCGCCGUGGUGCCGGAGGACACGGAGAGGUGGCAGCGGGAGCCGGGCUGGGCCGGACUGCGGCGGGUGGGCGGCGUGGAUCUGUCGUACGGCAGGGGAAACGACGGCAGCGCCUGCGUGUCGCUCGUCGUGCUCAGCUACCCGGGCCUCGAGGUGCUGUACGAGGAUUGCCGGAUGGUGGCUGUCAGUGCCCCGUACGUGGCAGGAUUCUUGGCCUUCCGAGAGGUGCCUUUCAUGGUGGAAGCUGUUCAGAGGCUUCAGCGGGAGCAGCCCGAGCUCAGACCUCAGGUGCUUCUUGUGGAUGGGAAUGGUCUGCUCCAUCAGAGAGGGUUUGGUGUGGCCUGUCACCUGGGAGUCCUGACAGAUCUGCCGUGCGUUGGAGUGGCCAAGAAUCUCCUGCAUGUGGAUGGCUUGGCCAAGGAUGAGCUGCACAAAGAGCAGAUUCGUUCCCUGCAGAAGAAAGGAGAUACUUUCCCUCUGAUGGGCACCUCGGGGGCUGUCCUUGGUAUGCAGCUCAGACAUCCAGAGAAGGAGUUGGUGGUUCAGGUGUUGUUCACAUAUGGGGCUGUGACACCUGAGGUGCUGUGUUCCAGCACAGUUUCCAUGAACCACAGCGUUAAGGGAGAGGUGCCAACUCUGCAGCACCUUACCAGGAUGAACGUAGGAGCGCUGGACUCUGAAGAGAGUUGCAGAGGGAACAAACGGGUGCCCUGCGAGGCUGCAACAGCAGCUCUAAACCCCUGUAUAUCUCAGUGGGCCAUCGGAUAUGCCUGGAGACAGCUGUGCAUCUUGUCAAGUCCUGCUGCAAAUACCGGAUCCCAGAGCCCAUCCGCCAGAUGCAUAAUUACCAUCACACAGCCAGCCCACCAGGCGCGAAGGCAGGAUGAGCCAAGUUCUUGCCUAGGGAAAAGGAUGUGCAGCAGUCAAGUGGUGUGCUUCUCCAUCUGUUGCUGCAUGGUACAACUGCUGGAACAGAGGAAGGAAAAAGAUGGGCUGACAUUAGAUCGAGGGCGUAUAUUCAGAAGCAGAUGUGUUCCCCACCAGCAGUUGUACCUUCCGGGCUAAAGAGGAAAGAGAGAGCUGAUCUGGAGGAAAAAUCUCAUUCUGGAAGAGACGAUGAAGAUGAAGACCCUCCUCAUUGAACCUGCAGACUGUGGUUGUGCAGAGGGCAGCAGCUGUGUGCCACCUGGGGCAGAGCAGCACGUGGCUCUGUUGGUCAGCACAACACCAGCAGCGGUGCUGCACUGUUCUGGCAGUCACAGCUUCACAGCUCAGCCUCUGUUAAAUUUGUUACUUGAUGUUUAGACUAUAUUUUUCAUUGUUUUUAAAGCACUGUAAAUACAUAUAUUUACUUGUAA